AUGCUGCUGCAGAUGGGAAAUGACCAGUAUGUGGCAGGAAAUGAUAACAGCGAAGCCCUUCCAGAGUCCAUCCCAUCUGCUCCUGGAACGCUGCCUCACUUCAUGGAGGAACCAGAUGAUGCCUACAUUAUCAAAAGCAACCCCAUUGUCUUACGCUGCAAAGCCAUGCCAGCCAUGCAGAUUUUCUUCAAGUGCAAUGGUGAAUGGGUCCACCAAAACGAGCACGUGUCGGAGGAAAGCAUGGAUGAGACCACAGGCCUGAAAGUUCGAGAGGUGUUCAUCAAUGUGACGAGGCAGCAGGUGGAAGACUUUCAUGGGCCAGAAGAUUACUGGUGUCAGUGCGUGGCAUGGAGCCAUCUGGGGACCUCAAAGAGCAGGAAGGCAUCCGUCCGCAUCGCUUAUUUAAGGAAAAACUUUGAGCAAGACCCCCAGGGGAAGGAGGUUCCUAUUGAAGGGAUGAUCGUUCUGCACUGCCGGCCCCCCGAGGGCGUCCCUGCAGCUGAGGUGGAAUGGCUGAAGAAUGAGGAGCCCAUAGAUUCCAACCUGGAUGAGAACAUCGACACCAGAGCAGAUCACAACCUGAUCAUCCGACAGGCGCGUCUGUCCGACUCUGGGAACUACACCUGCAUGGCUGCCAACAUUGUUGCCAAGAGGAGGAGCAUGUCUGCGACAGUCGUGGUUUAUGUUAAUGGAGGCUGGUCGUCGUGGACUGAGUGGUCCAACUGCAAUGCGCGGUGCGGUCGGGGCUGGCAGAAGCGAUCGAGGACCUGCACCAACCCUGCCCCACUCAAUGGAGGGGCAUUCUGCGAAGGAAUGUCCGUGCAGAAGAUCACCUGCACUUCUCUUUGCCCUGUGGAUGGAAACUGGGAGGUGUGGAGUGAAUGGUCUGUGUGCAGCCCGGAGUGUGAGCAUCUGAGGGUUCGGGAAUGUAUUGCACCAGCUCCACGAAAUGGAGGGAAGUACUGCGAGGGCCUGAGCCAGGAGUCGGAGAACUGCACCGAAGGGCUUUGCAUUCAAGAUAUAGAGACAGCCAGUGACAUUGCCCUGUACUCUGGCCUGGGAGCAGCAGUGAUUGCUGUAGCUGUGCUGGUGGUUGGUGUUACCCUUUACAGACGGAGUCAGAGUGAGUACGGCGUGGAUGUGAUUGAUUCAUCUGCACUGACAGGAGGCUUCCAGACAUUUAAUUUUAAGACAGUCAGACAAGGUAACUCCCUGCUUUUGAAUUCAUCCAUGCAGCCUGACUUGACAGUGAGCAGAACGUACAGUGGACCUAUCUGCCUGCAGGAUCCAAUGGACAAGGAGCUAAUGACAGAGUCUUCACUGUUUAACCCACUGUCAGACAUCAAAGUCAAAGUUCAGAGUUCGUUCAUGGUUUCCCUAGGGGUGACAGAGAGGGCUGAAUAUCCUGGAAAGGCACAUUCUGGAACUUUUCCUCAUGGGAAUGCUAGAGGUUUUGGAACAAUGCAGGCUAGAAACAAGGCUGCAUAUAUUCAGAACCUGUCUUCAAUUUCAACAAGAAAUGAGCUGAAGACAACUGCUAUCUUUGGACACCUGGGAGGUCGUUUAGUGGUUCCAAAUACAGGAGUCAGUCUGUUGGUGCCACAUGGAGCAAUUCCUGAAGAGAGCUCAUGGGAGAUCUAUCUUGCUAUCAACCCAAGAGAGUCCAGCCUACAGCCAGAAGGCCCAGAUGUCCUCCUGGGACCAGAAGUGACAUGUGGCCCUUCGGAUGUCUCUGUCAGCUCUCCAUUUGCCUUGACUAUCCCACACUGUGCAGAAGUAAAUUCAGAGCACUGGAAUAUCCACUUGAAGAAAAGGACUCAGCAAGGAAAAUGGGAGGAAGUGAUGUCUGUGGAAGAGGAAACUACUUCCUGCUACUGCCUGCUGGAUCCUUAUGCCUGUCACAUUCUCUUAAACAGCUUUGGAACUUAUGCACUUAUUGGAGAACCCAUCUCUGAGUGUGCCGUCCGACAGCUGAAAGUAGCGGUUUUUGGCUGCCUGUCUUGCAAUUCUCUGGAUUACAAUCUGAGAGUGUAUUGCAUGGAUAACACACCUUGUGCAUUUCAGGAAGUGGUUCUGGAUGAAAGGCUCCAAGGAGGACAAUUACUGGAUGAACCCAAACUUCUGCAUUUCAAAGGGAAUACCUUCAGUCUCCAGAUAUCUGUCCUCGAUAUCCCUCCUUUCCUUUGGAGAAUCAAACCUUUUACUGCCUGUCAGGAGGUCCCAUUCUCCCGUGUGUGGUGCAGUAACCAGAAGCCACUGCACUGUGCCUUCUCCCUGGAGCGUUACACUCCUGCAACCACACAGCUGUCCUGCAAGAUCUGCGUCCGGCAAGUCAAGGGGCACGAGCAAAUCCUACAGAUCCAGACCUCCAUCCUCGAGAACGAAAGAGAAACCAUUGCUUUCUUUGCACAUGACGACAGCAACUUCCCCGCACAGAUGGGUGCAAAAGCAUUUAAAAUCCCAUACUCCAUCAGACAAAGAAUCUGUGCAACAUUUGACACACCCAAUGCCAAAGGCAAAGACUGGCAGAUGCUAGCACAGAAAAACAGCAUCAGCAGGAAUCUCUCCUAUUUUGCCACACAAAGCAGCCCAUCUGCAGUCAUUCUGGACCUCUGGGAAGCCCGACACCAACAUGAUGGAGACCUCGACUCCCUCGCUUGUGCCCUGGAGGAAAUAGGAAGGACACACUCUAAAAUCUCAGACAUAACAGAAACUGAGAUCGAGGAGCCUGACUUCAACUACAGCAGACAGAAUGGACUUUAAUCCUUCAUUUCCAUUGAAGAACCGAUGGCCAGCUGACUUUCACACCUGAAAAUCUCUUUGGCAGGGAGGAAAUAAGGGUUUCUGCACACUGCCCAAGGAAGCAGAUGCGUCUCCACAAUGCCAUUUUCAGUUGGAGGAGCAGAAGCAGCCCUAUUAAAAAUCAUCUCCGUAAUAAGGAAAACAAGCUGUCCCUGUGCUACAGUCCUCUUUCAUUUAAAAUUCAUGUUUCAGAUUCAAAAAUGAGACUGCACAUCAAUCAUUCCCAGGGGCAGGAAGGAGCGAGGUACAGAGCUGUGCAAGGUAAAUAUUAUGACAUCCUAUAUUUAGGAAACAGUGAUGCUAAAGAAGAAUACAAUGCCUACUAAA